UGGGAAAGCAAAUUUCACGUAGAAAUAAAACAAAUAACUUAAAGUAACCCUUAAAGUAUACGCUAUCCUCAAACCUCAAAGCCGUAUUAUGGACCGUUUGCUUCGUCUCGGUGGCGCUAUGCCACAAGCCGCCCCACCAACAGAUGCUCCCGUGGUGGACACCGCCGAACAGGUCUACAUCUCUUCGCUGGCGCUGUUGAAAAUGCUGAAGCACGGGCGUGCCGGUGUCCCCAUGGAAGUGAUGGGUCUGAUGCUGGGCGAGUUCGUGGAUGACUACACUGUGCAGGUCAUUGAUGUGUUUGCCAUGCCCCAGACUGGCACCGGAGUGUCCGUGGAGGCUGUGGAUCCCGUUUUCCAGGCCAAGAUGCUGGACAUGCUGAAACAGACAGGUCGCCCGGAGAUGGUUGUGGGCUGGUAUCACUCGCAUCCUGGCUUCGGCUGCUGGUUGUCCGGCGUGGACAUAAAUACCCAGCAGUCCUUCGAGGCGCUCUCCGAGCGCGCCGUGGCCGUUGUCGUCGAUCCCAUACAGUCCGUUAAGGGCAAAGUGGUCAUUGAUGCAUUCCGCCUAAUAAACCCGAAUAUGCUGGUGCUGGGCCAGGAGCCGCGCCAGACUACCUCCAACCUUGGACAUUUGCAGAAGCCUUCCGUGCAGGCACUGAUACACGGACUCAACCGUCACUACUACUCAAUUAGCAUCAACUAUCGCAAGAACGAGCUGGAGCAGAAGAUGCUCUUAAACUUGCAUAAAAAGUCGUGGAAGGAUGGUCUGACACUUUCAGACUACAACGAUCAUUGCUCCAUAAACGAGGAUACUGUCGCAGAGAUGCUCGAUCUGGCCAAGAACUACAACAAGUCCCUUGAAGACGAGGAGAAAAUGACUCCGGAACAGCUGGCAAUCAAAAACGUUGGCAAACAGGAUCCCAAACGGCAUUUGGAGGAGAAGGUGGACAAGGUCAUGCAGAACAAUAUUGUGCAGUGCCUAGGAGCCAUGCUGGAUACCAUAGUCUUUAAAUAAAUGUUCCAUUUGUCUCUUCUUAUCUUCUCCCCCACCCCAACCAACUAAGCUAUCGUAAUAACAAAGAAAUAAACUGAUUUAAAAGUG